AUGGUCACAAAAACCCUAGAUGGCAGAGAUGGCGGCCGAUUAAGCCUGAGCGUACGAGACUACGAGAUAUAUCGGUGAUUAUUUCUUUUUCAAAUAUCAAAAAGACCAUGGAUAGUCCAAGUGAAUCUGGAAGCAGUGAUUUAGACAGUGAUUUUCAAAAUGCCAAGGCCUUCUUGCUGAAAACAAGUUUACAUUCGAAUCUAAAUGUCUACGACCAUCUUGCAACUGUGAUUAGAAAGGUCUUGGAAGAGAAGCCAGAAAAUAUAUCAGACUUGAUAGAGGAUCUUGUCAGGGAUGAAAAGAGAGCAAAAUUUCGUCCCAAUUUGGACACUAUUCAGAAUAAAGAAGAUGAAUCUACAGAGGUAAUACUUGCAAGAUCUCAGGUGGCAUUGUUUGAAAGAAAGCCCACGGAGCAAGAACUGGAGCCCUUGAUGCAAGAUCCAGAUAUGGAAGAGGAGCAGGAGGAGGUCCCAUUGCCAGAUCUGAUGGAACUUGCCAACUACUUUGAACAAGCUGGUGUCGGCAUUGGCAGAGAAGAAACAUUUAGGAUAUUUCUGUCCUUGAAGAUUUUAAUUGACACAUACCCAAUUAGAACAUGUAGAUUUUGGGGUAAAAUAUUCGGCAUCCAUGAAAAUUACUUCAUUGCUGAAGUAGAGUUCUUUGAAGGAGAGGAUCCCGAGGAGCCACUUGAUGAUGAACAACAAUUAGAACAACAAGAGAAUGAAACAAAAACAGACAUCACUAAAGAGGAUUUUGAUGUAGAGGAAGAUGAUGCCCCACAGGCAGAUUUCAAACCACCAACAGCAAUCCCCAAAGAAGAAAACAGAACAGGCUGUAACAAGAAAACAUACUUUGUAUCCAAUAAACCUGGAGGUCAAUGGGUCAGACUGCCCCCUGUUUAUCCAGCACAGAUUGUCAUCUCAAGACAGAUCAGAAAAUUCUUCACAGGAAAUCUUCAGGCACCUGUUGUGAGCUAUCCACCAUUCCCUGGAAAUGAAGCAAACUACUUGAGAGCUCAAAUUGCCAGAAUAUCAGCAACUACACACAUCAGUCCUUUGGGUCACUACAUGUAUGAAGAAGAUGAGGAGGAGGAGGAUGAAGGAGGAGCUCGUGAUUCUUUUGUGGUGAAUCAAGAAUUUGAAGGACUCUCAAUUAAUGAUAUGGCUGAUCCAUCAUGUGCAAACUGGGUUCAUCAUGUACAGUACAUUCUUCCACAGGGUCGUUGUACAUGGUUCAAUCCUUCACAGAAGAGAGAAGAAGAAGAACUUGAGGAAGAAGAGGAAGAUGAAGAGAGAGAAGAACCAGAUGAACCUGAACCAGAGCAGGGUCCUCCCUUACUGACACCUCUCUCUGAAGAUGCAGAGGUUGAUGGCAUGCCCCCUUGGACUGCACAGAAGUCUUCAACGUUAAUUCCACAGUACUCUUUAGCAGUAAUGCACUCCAACCUGUGGCCAGGAGCACAUGCAUUUGUUCUUGAGAGAAAAUUUGAAAACCUCUAUGUUGGUUGGGGCCAGAAAUUCAGUGCAGAAAACUACAGCCCACCACCUCCUCCGGCACCUCAGGAAGAAUACCCCAGUGGACCAGAGAUUACUGAGGCUGAAGACCCAUCUGUGGAGGAGGAGAAGGCUCUGAAGGCUGCUCAACAGGAAGCAAUGGAGGCUGCAGAGAUGGAGGACGACGAAGAUGAUGAUGAUGAUGAUGAUGAUUAGGCACCCUUUUGGUGUUUUAAUAAUUUCCGUUAAAUCAUAAAUCAUGUUUUUUUAGGUCCAUAACACUUUAAAUCAGUUACUUGCUUAUGGAAUACAAAUAACAUAACCAAUAUCUUGAAAUAAGGGUUAUCACAUAAACAAACUUGAAAAGAGUUCUUUACGUCAACAUGCACUGUUUUGUUUGGUUGUUGUCAUUAUAAGCAAGUUAGACAUCUCUUACCAAAAAAAAAAAAAACAUGUACCUAUUGUUGAAAAGUUUUGCUUUUCCAAACUGUUACUGCUGAAGUCUCUGUCAUACAUCUUAAAGCUUUCUCGGUAAAAUGUGAAUGGAGUCGAAACAAAGUGGCUUGAAAUGUCUCAGGAACCAAUUUUAAUUAUUCAUAAACAACCUACUAUGCUGUCAGUAAAAUUCCAUGACAAGAGUACUGAAGUGUGAUCUUAAGCAUUGUACAUUUUAUUUGUAAGAUACACAACUUUAACAAACAUCCAUCUAUGAAAAAGUCGUGGAUUAAAUAACUGUGUUUACCACU